GCCGAGCCACCGCUUACAAGAAACACAUUUAUAUCCCAAUUCACGACGAUGACUCUCUAAGGGAAUCAGAGUCCGACAGCUGCUGGAUCAUGUCACACGGCACUCAGAAGCUGGAAGACCCUGCUUUCUUCAAGUUUUUGGGAACCUUCAGCCAGCCUGCUGAUACCAGAGGAGAAGAGGUGUAGUUCCUGUGACCAUCUGAGUUUUAUAUAACUCAAAGAAAGUGUCAUUUGCCAGACAAAGAUCCAGGCUGGAUACAGAGAGAGACCACCUCUAGUGAGCAAAAAUGGGUGACUGGAGCUUCCUAGGAGAAUUCCUUGAAGAAGUCCACAAGCAUUCCACAGUGGUGGGGAAAGUCUGGCUGACUGUGCUCUUUAUCUUUCGGAUGCUUGUUCUAGGCACAGCAGCAGAGUCCUCAUGGGGAGAUGAACAGUCCGACUUCAUGUGUGACACCCGGCAGCCUGGUUGUGAGAAUGUCUGCUAUGACAAAGCUUUCCCCAUCUCUCACAUCAGAUACUGGGUCCUUCAGAUUAUCUUUGUCUCCACGCCUUCACUGUUGUACAUGGGCCAUGCAAUGCACACGGUGCGCAUGGAAGAGAAGAAGAAAAUAAAGGACAUCAAAGAAGGAGUAAAAGCAAACCCUGACUCUUUCUGCCAGCAUGAGUAUCCUGCAGUAGAGAAGUCUGAGCUGACCUGUUGGGAGGAAGGAAGUGGGAGAAUCAUUCUUCGGGGCACUUUGCUAAACACUUACGUCUGCAGUAUUUUAAUCCGCACUACCAUGGAGGUAGGCUUCAUUGUUGGACAAUACAUGCUAUAUGGAAUCUUCCUAGAAACACUGUAUGUCUGUCACCGGGAGCCCUGCCCCCAUCCAGUAAACUGCUACGUCUCUCGUCCAACAGAGAAGAAUAUCUUCAUCAUCUUCAUGCUUGCAGUAGCUGCACUGUCGCUCUUCUUAAGCUUGGCCGAACUCUAUCACUUGGGAUGGAAAAAGGCCAAGCAGACAAUCUCUGGUUCUCACAAAAGCAACCCUAGCCCAGCUACUGGUAGACUGGAGUUGGGGUCUCAAGAGAAGAUCAUACAAAGUUGCACUCCUCCUCCGGAUUUUAAUCAGUGUCUGGUUAACCCUGGUGGGAAGUAUAUCAGUCCCUUCAAUAAUAAUAUGGCCUCUCAACAGAACACAGCCAACUUUGCAACAGAGAGGGUUCAUAAGCAAGAGGAUGAAAUUGGAGGGAGCCACUUUAUCCAAGCUAACUAUACACAAAAUCCUGAGCCAAACAACAGCUCAGCUCCUUGUCUACCCCCUAAUGGCUACUUCCAUGACAACCGCAGGACCAGCAGGACCAGCAGAACCAGUAGUAGUAAGGUGAGAUCUGAUGACCUAUCAGUGUGAGCUUCAGCAGGAACAAGAAGAAGGGACAUCGCUGGUACACCAGAUACCUGUUUAGCUUUUGACGUUCUGCCAGUCUGAACUCCAGUUCAACUCAUUUUAAGUACGGUAACUGGUUUGACAUAUUCUAAAAACCUCAUUUCAAAGUUGAUUUCAUGAACUGAACGAAUUAUUUUCCAAAAGGGGAUUUAUACAUUUUCCAAGAAAUAAUUAGAAGAAAUAUAACAUUCUCAUAAAAAGAGAUAACCAUUAUGACUUUCUAAAGAACUCUGGGAACUGAAUUAUGAGUCAGGGCUGGGAAGUUUUGUUGGCGUUCCCAAGUCCCUCUACAGAACUACAACGUUAAGGACUUAUUGAUUAAAAAACCCCAUGAUGGAUAAUAUGUUUAUAUGUGAUUUAGAUGUGUGACAUAGACAUAUCUUCAGGCUGUAACCACUUAUGAAAUUAACAGGGAGAUGCAACUGGCACACAUUAUGACACUUGUAAUUUCUAUCCUCUUGGAUAAAGGUGAAUCAUUAAAGAUAUGUGCUUUAAAGACAAGGCUGAAUCUUAACACCAAUAGGUGAUGGUUUAGCUACUCCAUUUCUGCUCAGGAAUAAUUUUCAGAUUUUGCAAGCAUACCUAGUGAUGGCAAACUGAAAUAUCAGGCUAUCUAAUACAAAAAUGUCUUUAUUUUUCCUCAUUUUUCUGCUGGCCCCCACAAAAUAUACCAGCUUGACAUACUUAUCCAAAGUGAAUGUGCAAUUAAUUUUACUUGAAUUUUUGAUAUACACGUGUCUGUAUGUAACUACUUUAAAUUUUCACUAACCGAAACUGUUUGCCAGCCUCACAGCACAAGACAAAUAUUAGAUGUGGGAGCAAUUUCAGUCAACAGAAAUCUUCAUUUUAUGGAAGCAAUAUUUCCCAUGGAAACAAAUACAGUCACAGGAAAAAAAAUAUGGAAGAACCCUGAGGUGGGUGGCAAAUGGAUUUGUUUUUGUUGUUUUAUUUAAUAGUCUUUAUUCUAUUCUUUUAAAAACCUGGCGGGGUACAUUGUCAUUCAAGCCUUAAUGAAAGUAAGGCCCCUUCCGCACGUAGGCGGAAGGGGUUGGGUCGGCGUAAUGAACGCCGACCCGACGACGCUGGGACCGUCCGCAUGGAUGGUCCCAGAGCCGGCUGGGACAAUGGCGACGCGGAGCGCCGUCGCCCGGCUGACCCGCCUCUUCCCCGUCCU